CUCACGUACGCCACUCUCACACACACUGAGACACCAAACGGCAAACAAUGGCAACAUUAGGUCAACGCUAUAUAUGAACGGCCCCUACAAUACUGUCACGUUAUUUGUGUGCAGUCUGUGUGAAAAGUGUGUUUCCUUUUCCUCUUUGGUCUAAUAUAUGGUGUUUUUUGUCACGUUUUGAUCCAUAGUUUGACCAUUUCUUGGACACAAUGGCUGAUCAGACCGAAAGGGCGUUUCAGAAACAGCCGACCAUUAAUCUGAACCGAAAGCCUGUAAUCGGCAAACAAAAAGUCCGCAAAACAUUGCGUUAUGUCCGCAAUGUUGGCCUCGGAUUCAAGACUCCCCGAGAGGCUAUCGAAGGCACGUAUAUCGACAAGAAGUGUCCCUUCACUGGAAACGUUGCCAUCAGAGGACGUAUCCUAAGAGGAGUUGUGGUGAAGAUGAAAAUGCAGAGAACUAUUGUCAUCCGAAGAGAUUAUCUUCACUUCAUUAAGAAAUACAACCGAUUCGAGAAACGGCACCGAAACAUGUCAGUCCAUUUGUCGCCAUGUUUUAGAGACGUAGCGCUGGGAGAUUGGGUGACGAUCGGAGAGUGCCGUCCGCUGAGCAAAACGGUUCGCUUUAAUGUGUUAAAAGUGAUCAAAAGCGCCAGCGCUAAGAAGUCUUUCCAAAAGUUUUGAUUCAAUUAUUCAUUUUUGAAAAUAAAUUAAAAGUUUUGAUUUAAGA